AUGGAGUAUAAAUUCUCAGAAGAAAUCGUAACAUAUCCGUUUUUUAUGCAACAUUUGCUGCAAGGCGGUUGUUGGCAACAAGGCAACACUUCAUUGAUGAUAAUGAUAUCAGCUACAUAUGCAGUGCUUAAUAUUUGCUAUUUAUUUAUUGCAACAGUAAUAUGCUUGCCGAAAAGACGAGGGGUUAAAAAGGUAUUGAAAGUGGCACCAUCGCCUAAAAAAUUGCCAUCGCCAUCGCUAUCGCCAACAACUCAAAAAAAAGCAUCACUGAAAACUGCAAAUGCGAAAACUCCUAAAUCUCCAAGCCCUGUAAAAGAAGUGACAGUGGAAAGGAUUGGAGCAGAUACAAAACCAAAAAAGACUGAUAAAUCAAUGAAACGAAAAAUGAAAGAUCCAAAGAAGGAAAAAGUGGACAAGGAGCACGCCCAAGCAACUGAUGAAUUACACAAAGAUUCACAAUUGGCAUUAAAUCAGGACGAAGACAGUGAUGACGAAGAGGAUGACACAAUGAAAGGAAUUGUCUCACUUCAACAAGAUCCUAACGUCAUCUCAAAUCAAGAAUAG